UAGUGACUCCGGAAUGGAGCACUGCGGUGCGGAAGGAGAAGGUACAAAGCAAAGUUGGCCACCUUUAAAAUUUGAGCUGGUAGUGUAAAUGGCUCCGGUGUUUUUGGAGUGAGAAAUGGGUCCCACGCCAUGGCUACACGGACAAACAUACGUGACCGAGACCAGGAAUCACGGGUGACCGUGUCUACAGACCCGGAAGAGCCACGGGAACUGUCUUUGGAAGCGGUGCUGAAGUCCUACGAGCAGCCAAUUAACGAGGAACAGGCUUGGGCGCUCUGCUACCAGUGCUGCAGAGGGCUGACGGUGCCGGUGCCUCUCCCGCCGACCGGGAAAUCGGCGAGGGCCAGGGUGAAGGACAAGGACCCGUCCUCCAUCCUACUCCACAGAGACGGAACCGUGUCGUUAUUGCGGGACACGCCACUUAGCGAAUAUGCUGAUUGGCCACCUGCUCCUUCGAAUACAGAACAACGGCUGAUCCAGUCACUUGGCGUCGCCAUCUAUCGUGCUCUGGACUGGGGGCUGGAUGAUACUGAGGAGAGGGACCUAAGCCCACAACUUGAGCACCUUAUUGAAUGCAUGACUGGAGGAGACCAGGGCGAUGAGAUGGAUAACACACCUGCAAUUACAACACGUGAGGAUUACGGUGGUCACAAAAAAGAAGAAACUGCACUGGACGGCGCAAUCUGGCAAGUGCCUACAUUCUGCCAAGUCAUGGCGCAAUGCACAUCUCGGUUGGCAAACUCAAGUUUGGCCCCAGAACACUACAAGGCUGUCUGCAGGGCUUUGUUUGUAGAGUCACUAGAGCUCCAGAUGUUCCUGCUCAAGAUCCGAGAGGCUCAGGAGAUGCUCAAGAGGCUCACCAAGGAGGAAUCCCUGCAGGAGAGGUCCGCAGCUGAACUUGACACCUUUAAGCGUAGAGACUGGGCGCGUCUAUGGGUACAGUUGAUGAAGGAGCUCAGGCAGGGAGUGAAGCUGAAGAAUCCACAGGAGCAUCCGUUCAACCCGCCACCCACUGAGUUCAGCCUUACACCAUUUGAAAUCUUGAUGGAGGACAUACGAGCACGGAACUUCAAACUACGCAAAGUCAUGGUGGAUGGUGUCACUCCUUCAAGAAGAAAGAGAAAUGCCCACGAACUCAUACUAGAUAUCAUCAGAUCAAGACCCCCAUUGAAGCCAGUUGCGGAGCGUAGUCUCCUCCCUCCUCCCCCUCAGCAGCAGUCUCUCCAUGAGCGGGUCUUGGCUGAGAUCAAACAGGAACGAAAGCUCAGGCCGAUAGUCCCUGCAACAUCAAAAGCAUUUGGCUCACUACCUUGCCUGGCUCAGGCUUGUCCAUGUAAGGUCAAAUCAUCCUCGUGCAUUAACCUAUCCGAAUUAGAACCUGGAUGUGGGUUCCGGGUACCGUCUCGCUUUCGCAUUCUGCUCAAGGCUCCAACCUUAGAUGAAAUGGAGGAGAUGAACACAUCUGAGGAAGACGAGUCCCCUGACAAUACAGACCUUUGGAGGGAAGAAAGCGUCCCUACACCAAUGAAAAGAGAUCGUUCCUUUUCCGAGGAUGACCUAGCUUUGCUUCGUGGAGAGAGUCUUCCCUGCUUCUCAGAAUCCGUCCAGUUGGACAAUGUGGCCAAGUUGAGCGGUGAGGGUCUCCCUCCUAAUCACCGAGCAUCCGUUCCACUACUUGGAUGGGUGUCACCUCACCAAACACACUUGGCCCUAAGUGAGGCAAGAGAGGAUCGUGAAAAGCCAUUCAACCUCAUGACAGAUGACGAGCAUCAGUGGAUGUGUGUCCAGGAGGAAUUCAGCCACCCAGUGGAUAGUCUUGCCUUAACAGUGGAUGAGGUCAUCAACGUACGGAGAGUGUUGGUCAAAGCGGAAAUGGAGAAAUUUCUUCAGAGUAAAGAACUUUACAAUAACCUGAAAAAAGGCAAAGUUUGCUGCUGCUGCAGAGUGAAGUUCCCCAUUUUCUCUUGGCCAUCUUCCUGCUUGUUAUGUAAAAGAUCUGUGUGCAAUGCGUGCAGUGCGAAGAUGAAGCUUCCCUGCAAAAAGAUGGCAUAUAUUCCUGUGUACACCGUGGGCUUCCACAUGACUCCGAAGAACCAUGAACACAAAAGCAAAGUUUAUAAAUCCCUGUGCAAUCUAUCUUGCCGCCGUGUGGAGGAGGAGUUUCCCCAUCUGUAUGCAAAUGGCUGCACGCUGCACGACAUCUGCGCAGAAUGCUCUAAAUUUGUUGCCGAUGUGAUUUCAUCUAGCCGUCGAAGCCUGGACAUUAUUAACAACACGCCGAAGAAGGAGGUGAAAGCCAUUUCCCAGAGAGUGCAAAUUCCACCGAUGACCUUUGAACCUCAUGAAGACAAACGUUAUGGAACUUAGAUUCUUAUCUGCAAAGCAUUUCACUUAAUGACUUCAUCAUAAAACCACUUCUAUUUAAAGGAAAUUCUAGCUCUACUAGCUUUCUCAGAGAGUAAAUACUGUAUGUCAAUUUAUUGGCUGAAACUGUAGACUACAUUGAAGAUGUGGAUUAAGCAGAAGAAAUUUGCCUUUCUCACCUCCAUGGAUGGUUUUAAUCUCUGGUUUGCCAACCCUGUUUAAAAUGAACUGCAAUAAUAAUCUAUAACAGAUGUAUACUUUGUGUGAAUACUGCUCCCUAAAGCAAUGGUCAUAGCUUUGCCAUAGACUUCAUAAUAUAUUGAUGGGACAUGGGGCCGAUUAAUUGGGGGCCUGCAUUUUUGGCGUGGCCGUCAAAGUUGACCCAUAGACUUCAUAACCUAUUGACAUGACACGGGAAACGGGGCCGAUCGGUAGGGGGCCUAUUUUCAAAAACUUCAAACAUUUUCAAAACCAAAGCAGCUACCAACCUAAAACCAAAACAGGCACCUACCUUAUUUGCCAUAUAUGAGUCUCCAUGAGCAGCAGCAUAAAAACUUUCAAAGUUGUUUCCUUAUAAAAUCCUGAUUAUUUUUUAUAUAACACAACUUAAAAUGGCUAUAAAAGUCUCAGAUUUUACACUAGAUGCACCAAAAUCACGAAACGCAGAGACAAUCACCUAUAUUUUCAGGAGCAAUAGCAAUAUUUAACAUAUCAUAUAGGAUUUUGACCAAAAUAGCAACUUAUUCUUUUUUUCAACAGCUGAUAAAUCAAUUUAACAUCAGAAACUUAAUACUUGAGGAAAACAUGCAGAAUCAAUUAUAAUUAGUAUGUAAAUAGAGUAUAAAUAAAUUUCAUAUACAAUCACAACUUAUUUUAGAAUAGAAUAGCCCUUUAUAAUCAUUAUACACUAUAUACUGUUAGCAAUUGAGGCUAGUGGCAGUGCCUGACACAAACAGAUCCUUUCUGGCGAAAAUUCUUGUGAAUAAAUGCUUAAAUCUCCGAAUUCGUCAUAGAUAUGGACGUAAAACGUGAUUCGAUUCUUGGUUAAAACCAAGAAACUGUGCAGUUAGCGUUUAAUUUACAUAUAUUGUCGAAGUACAAUGCUACUCUGUUAGUGAAUGAGGCUAGCGGCCGCCUGGCGUAAACAGAGCUUUCUGGCGAAAAUUCUUGUGAAUACAUGCUUAAAUCCCUGAAUUCUUUAAAGAUAUGGACUUAAAACAGUCUAGAUUCUUGGUUACAAGAAGAAAAAAAAAUGUUCAGGUAGCAUUUAUUUUGCGUAAAUAUUCCCAACCAUGAGGCUAGUCAGUUAAAAAAUUUGCCACCUCCAUGUGUAAACAAAGAAAAUUCCUGCAAAUAAAUGCUUCAAUCACGCAUGCAUGGUACAAAAAAAAAAAAAAAACUUGAAUCCUCAAACAAAUCACUCAUGAGAUGAUCCUUCCUGUUUCUAUGCGGUACAGCUUUCGGAGUUCUUCAAAAAUCCAAGCUUAAAUCCGACAUGAGCGUGUACCGUCUUCGGCUAUUACUAAAUGAAGCUCAAUCCCUUCUGAUAAGGCGUUACGCAAAAAAUGACAAAGUGUCACGUCAAUAGGUAAUGAAGUCUAUGGCUGACCGACUGGAAUCACAAAGACCUUUUUUCUGUUGACAAUUCUUGUGAAACAAUGCUUAAAUCCUUGAAUUCGUUAUAGCUAUGGACAUAAAAUAGUCUCGAUUCUUGGUUAAAAGCAAAAAAAAAAAAAAACAGGCAGUUAGCAUUUGUUUUACGUAAAUAAUUUGAAUUAUGAUGCUAGUCAGGAAGCAAAUGUAGCGGCCGCCUUAUGAAAACAGAGCUUUUCCGUUGAAAAUUCUUGUGAAUAAAUGCUUAAAUACCUGAAUUCUAUAUAGAUAUGGACAUAAAACAAUCUUGAUUAUUGGUUAAAAGCAACAACAACAAAAAGUGCAAUUAGCAUUUAUUUUACGUAAAUAUUGCAAACUAUGAUGCGAGUCAGUAAGCAAAUCUAGUGGCCGCCUUAUGAAAACAGCUUUUCCGGUGAAAAUUCUUGUGCAUAAAUCAGGGGUGUCCAAACUUUUUGCAAAGGGGGCCAGAUUUGGUGUGGUAAAAAUGUGGGGGGCCGACCUUGGCUGACAUCCUUUACGUGGAACAAUAUAUUUAAGCAAAUUUUAGCAAGCCAUUCUGUGUGUCACAUUUGGUAAAUGGUGUUAUACUUAUAUAGCGCUUUUCCACCUUUCAAGGCACUCAAAGCGCUUUACACUAUCUCGCCAUUCACCUACUGGUGACACAGCACCAGUAUCUUGCUCAAAGAUACUUAGGCGACUUCAUCAGGGCGAAGAAUCGAACCCACAACCUCUGGGUUGGGGGACAACUACUCUACCACUGAGCCACGCCACCCCACAUUUGCUUUAUUUAUUUAUUUAUUUUAAUUAAUAAAUUAAACAAUCUCGCAACUAGCCUGUGUGGCGUUCUCUUUCAACUCUCGGGAUCUUGCGAAAUACUGCUGCUGUGAAAUUAAACUAGAUUCAAGUUGCUUCAAUUUCUCGCUGCCUAUCUUCCCUGUAAUCUUGUCAUACAUGUCAGCGUGUCUUGUUUGGUAAUAUUGCCUCACAUUGAACUCUUUAAAAACAGCGACUGUCCCUUUUGCAAAUAAGGCAGACACAGUUGUUGCAUAUUUUAGUGAAGAAAUAGUCCAAUUUCCACCUAUCUUUGAAGCGUCGGCCGUCGCAGUCAACUUUGUUUUUUGUUGUUGAUUGUUGCCAUUUUAGAAAAUUGGAAGUCAAGAGUCACACGGGCUAAUGUUGCUUAGAGGGCUGCUGCCUUUUAGUGGGUAAAUGAGGAGAAGCAUUUAAUGUGUAAGCAGUACUGCUGACAAAUUUAAUAAAUCUGUGUGCAGGCCAGACAUUAUUGAUCUUAUGACAGAGGCUGGGGGCCGGAUGAAAUUUGACCACGGGCGGCAUUUGGCCCCCGGGCCACACUUUGAACAUGGCUGGCAUAAAUGAUUAAAUCCCUGAAUUCUUUAUAGAUAUGGAGAUAAGAUUGUCUCGAUUCUUUGUUAAAACAGCAAAGAACCGGGCAGUUAGCAUUUCUUAUAUGUAAAUAUGUUGAAUGUGCUGCUAGUCUUUAAACCACUGUGGCGCCCCUUAUCACCACAAAGACCUUUUUACGUUGAAAAUUCUCGUGAAUAAAUGCUUAAAUCCCUGAAUUCUUUAAAGAUAGGAACGUAAAACAGUCUCGAUUCUUGGUUAAAAACACAAAGAAAACGAGCAGUUAGCAUUUACAGUAUUUUACAUGAACAUGUUGAAGAAUGAUGCCAAUGCUGUCGCGGUUAAUUUCUCCCAUUGGUUGUUUUCAGAACGUUUCAAAAUGUGUGCAUGGAACGAAAAAUAUAAUAAUUACCUUGAAUCCUCAAACAAAUCACUCCUGAGACAAUCCUUCCCAUUUUUAUGCGCUACAACAUUCAUACUUUUUCAUCCUAAAUCCGGCGUUGGAUCGCUGCAUGCGUCGCUGCGACCGACUGCGAAUAACUGAAGCGGUGCAUGUCAAAUGUGACCCGUCAAUGUAAUUAUGAAGUCAGUCUAUUGCUUUGCUUCAAAAAUUCCAAACUUGAUGAAUGAGCAUUUCUGGGCAAAAACAAAUAUGGUAAAUAUAUUAUUUAUGAAGAUGAAUGCCCUUGAUUACUCUGGAUAAUCUCAGCAAAAGUCAGUGCUUUCAUUAAAGACAAACACACACAAAAAAAAUUAAAUGCAAAUAUUAAUAAAGCAAAAUCUACACAUUUAUUUUUCAAA